UUUCAUCUCUGUAUAGAAAGCAAAGAAGAGUCAGAACUGACUAGAGGGAGAGUAAGAAGCACCACCACAGUUGAAGGGAUGAGCUAUGGCUUCCACCGCCUCCGCUCUCACCACCACCACCUCCUCCUCCAAUGUCGCCACCCCUUUUCUGUAUCUCCGCCGCACUCAUAUCUCCCACUUCACCUCUAAUUUCAGUCUUCAUUCUUUUUCCAGGUCUGGUAGCAGAGUAUGCUUCUCAAAUAAUGCGAAAAUAUCAUCAUAUCCGUGCCAUGAUUACCGAAACCGAGUAAAAUUCAAACGAUUUGAAUGUAGAGUAGAGGAUUCUUACACUAAUAAUAAAGAGAUAUCGAAAGGAACCUUGAUAUGGAGAGCAAUCAAAUUGCCAAUUUACUCUGUUGCAUUGGUUCCCCUCACUGUAGGCAGUGCUGCGGCUUAUUUGCAGACAGGCCUAUUUUCAGCAAGGCAGUAUUUUACUCUCUUGGCUUCCUCAGUUCUUAUCAUCGCUUGGCUCAAUUUAAGCAACGAUGUGUACGAUUUUGACACAGGAGCAGAUAAGAACAAGAAAGAAUCUGUUGUAAACAUGGUUGGCAGUCGUACAGGGACCCAUGCUGCUGCAUAUGCAUUGCUUGCUCUUGGGUUUGUUGGGCUUAGCUGGGCAUCCAUGGUGGCUGGAAAUUUUCGAGCAAUACUAUUACUGGCUUGUGCAGUUACUUGUGGGUAUAUAUAUCAGUGUCCACCAUUUCGGUUAAGUUACCAGGGUCUUGGAGAGCCUCUGUGCUUUGCGGCAUUCGGUCCUUUCGCCACCACUGCCUUCUACUUGAUGCAGACAGCUACAAGUGAGAUGAUCUCUCCUCUGGUGACUGCCACAGUUCUUUCUGCAUCACUUCUUGUUGGUUUCACAACAACCCUAAUCCUCUUCUGCAGUCACUUCCAUCAGGUGGAAGGAGAUAGAGCGGUUGGAAAAAUGUCACCUCUCGUUAGGCUCGAUACUGAGAAGGGCUCAAGGAUUGUAAAAAUGGCAAUGGCGAUGCUCUACUCGCUUCUAUUAGCUUUUGGUCUAGCCAAAACUCUUCCCUUCACUUGCAUAUUCUCUUGUGCUCUAACAAUACCCAUGGCGAAGCUGGUUGUUAGCUAUGUUGAAGACAAUCACAAGGACAACUCGAAGAUCUUCAUGGCAAAGUAUUAUUGUGUGAGAUUACACGCCUUAUUUGGAGCUGCAUUGGCCGCUGGGCUUGUGGCAGCUAGAUUACUCACCAAAAGAUAACGUUGGAAGCUGAUAAUCUUCCCUACUCUACGAUCUUUGUUCGACGCAUAUGGUUCAGCAGACGGAUUCGGUUUUUUUUGGUAAACAGUGGGUGACUGCAACCCACCGGAAGAUUGGCAGGGCGGCAUUGAGGUGAGUUGCAAGAGCAUUUUAGUUAACACUGAAUGUAAAGCUUUUGUUACUCAAAGGUGGUUUAGAUAGUUGGCUUGGAACGAGCUUCGCACUUGCCAGAUUUUGAGAAAAAAUAAAUUUUAUUUAAUCAAAAUUACAAAUUUUAGAAUGUGUCAUAA